AUGGAUUUCCAAUCUAAAGUUGGGUUUCUCAUUUACUACAAGAGAAACAUCAAAUCUCUGGAUAAAGAAUCUGAUAAGCUGGAGAAUAUCAAAAGUGGGGUGCAGCAAAGAGUGGAGGCUGCCCAGAGAAACUUACAAGUCAUUGCUCCCAGUGUUGAGGCUUGGUUAACUAGUGUUGAUACCACUAUUGCAGAUGUGGCUACUACAUUGCGACGUAGAGCUGAGGUUGAAAGAGGUUGGUGUCCAAACUUGAUGUCUUGUUACUUGCUGAGCAAGAGAUCUAAGGAAAUUGAACUGGAUGUGAUUGGUCUUCAAACUGAAAGCAACAAUUAUGUGGAUUUUUCCUAUCCUGCACCACCGCCUGCUGUUGAAAAUGAAAUUGUACAUGGUGAGGAGUUUGACUCCAGAAAACAGAAGGAGGAAGAGGUCAUGGAAGCUUUGAGAGAUGAGGGGGUCACUAUUAUUGGGAUAUGUGGUAUGCCUGGUGUUGGUAAGACAACACUGGCUGAGAAAAUCAGAAAAAGGGAAAAACAAGAAAGGUUGUUUGAUGAUAUUGUCAUGCUAACUGUCAGUCAACAACCAGACUUGAAAAAUAUUCAGGGUGAGAUUGCGAGAAGCAUCGGUCUGACGUUAGAAGGGGACGAUUUGUGGCAGCGUGGAGAUGUGCUGUGUUCAAGGUUAAUGGGUCAGGAAAGUGUCCUUAUAAUCCUGGAUGAUAUUUGGGAGGCUCUUCAUGAUCUAGAGAAACUUGGAAUUCCCAGCGGUAGCAACCACAACCAUCGAUGCAAAGUGACAUUCACAACGCGUCGCCGAGAUGUUUGUCAAGCUAUGGAAGCUCAUAAGAUCAUGGAAGUUGGGACCUUAUCUAAAGAGGAAGCAUGGAUCCUUUUCAGGCAGAAAUCUGGUAAUUCAAUUGAUGAUCCGUCUCUUCAUGACAUAGCAAAAGAGGUUGCCAAAGAAUGCAAGGGGCUGCCGAUUGCUAUUGUUACAGUUGCAAGAGCACUAAAGUUUAACAGCAGGCCUUCAUGGGAGGAUGCCCUUUUAGAAUUACAAAGAUCUGCACCAAUUAAUAUCCCGGGAAUGAUUGAAAAUGUGUAUCAACCUCUGAAGGUAUGCUAUAAUCACUUAGAAAGUGAUGAAGCCAAGUACCUCUUUUUGCUUUGUUCCUUCUUCAAGGAAGAUAGUGAUAUCGUGCCUGAAAAAUUACUUAGAAAAGGAAUGGGGCUUGGCAUCUUUUCAGAAAUUGAAAGUAUUGAACAUGCAAGAAAUAGGAUGUGUCUUCUGUUAGAAACUUUGAAAGAUCGUUUCUUGUUAUCCCAAGGUUCAAACAGAAAUUAUGUCAAAAUGCCUGAUGUGGUCCGUGACGUGGCUAUAUAUAUUGCUUCUGAGUGCAAGCAUAUUUUUAUGGUAAGUCACUUCUGA